AUGCAAUAUUGUCCAUGGCGACCACCAUGGACACUGUCGAGGUCACUUGGGCAGUACUUUACAGAGACCCCCUCUACGCGCCAUUGCGGCUACCUGACAAGUUACACGCAAGAUGUGGGCUCAACGCACGAACUUCGUAGCAUCAUCAAAGUCGUCUUCGCUGACCCAUCCUGGCUCGCGAGCGAGAGCCCCCUAGCGGGUCUAACUAAAAACGAUGUUAUGAUCGAGCUCUACCAGCUACCCGAGUGGCCUUGCGCCCGCGACUCGCCCAACACCACAAUCAAAGAGGCAUUUGCAGACAUCAUCACUGACGAAUAUCUCACGAGCGCAUGCGUCACAAUAUUUACCUCGAGCCCCUACGCCGAGGUCGAAAAGCGCGAGAAUCUCGUGGUCAUUCUUGAACCUUAUUUGCGCCCGCGAUCUCUCAAGCGCACUAGAUCAGGGUCUUUCAAGGAGGGAAAGUCUGGAUUCAUGUCGGACCGCGAAGAGAUGGCUGCCGCGGCCUUAGACCAAGUGACGAAAAUUCAGGAGUCUCAAAUGCUGCAACAAGUCCACAACUACCGGCCAUUGGCAUCGGCUGCUCGCCCAGUUCAUAUCUACCACCCAUUAUUCGCUAAUUUCCAGCGUAUGAUUAAUCGUAGUGACUCCGAAGGAGAGCCGUUCUCCUCUGAAGAACUCGAUUCUGCCCACUUCUUCAUACACGAUUGUUCAAAGUAUCACCGGUCAAAAACCGGACGCAAGGAUGCGAUCUUCUCCAACUUAGCCGAUUUAGUUACACCGUGGGGGCCCGCUAGAGUUCUUGACGGCGCUAUUUUCUCCGUAUCAUCGCACCUCGACAAGCACUUCAAGCCUACGCUGGCUAUGCACAUUAUCGAGAACGGAAUCAGUGAAGGCAGCAGAGACCCUAUCACCCAAGCCGAACUUCGUUAUGCUGACGCGCUCCGCCAGCUGUCGCCAUGUCCAUGUUUCUUGAUUGGGACCGCCGGCCCCUACAUUACCGUCAACGGCGCGGUUUUUGCGGACGAUUUCAUCUCGCAGCGGCUUGCCGAUGUAUGCGUCGUCCCCUGCGCAACGAUUUCGGGGAAGUCGCCGACCGACGAAGCGGCCCGUCGCGUAGCUCGAUUCUUUCAUGCGCUGAAGGAUUCUCUCGAGAAGCUUGAAGCCUACUACACCGGCCUUGCGGUCCCCGCCCCGGCUCACACCCCGUCCGGAAAGCCACGUUUUAUCGGCCCCUACUUCACUAGGUUCACUAGGGCAGACGGAACGGAAGUGAUGUUCAAGUAUACUGGACACCUUAGUCACGACUAUCCUGUGAAGGCCGCAUUUACGGCACUCGUCGACACGGGCUCUGGCACGAAGUCGAACGUCGUGGUCAAGUUCGCGCCCGAGUACUCGCCCGAGGGACACGCGUUCCUUUCCGAAGCGGUCGCGAGCGUGGGCAACAUGUACGUCGUCGUCAUGGACUUUGUGCGCCAUUACGAUCGCGCCCUAUCGGGCACCGAUCGCGCGUGCGUGCGCAAAGCAAUGAAACUGCUCCACGACAAAGACCUCGUGUUUGGGGACCUGCAUCUGCCGAACGUGAUGCAGUGCUACGAGGGCGGGGCGAUGCUCAUCGACUUUGACUGGUGCGGAAAAGAAGGCGAGGCGCGGUACCCGAUCGACAUUCUGAUCGCUGAGGACAUGCCGUGGCAUGAAGGUGUGCUGCGCGGAGGCUUGAUCACCAAGGAGCACGACCUUCACCUCCUCAAGGAGCUUGUUGGCGGCCGGUAG